AUGUCAACUCAAAAUAACCCUUUGCAAUCAUCGCAACAAAUACCAUCUGCCCAAGUUCCGCAAAUGCAACGCAGAGCUCCUCAGGGAAAUGGAGUCCCGAACGCUCGGCUCGAUCCUAACAUCAUGAUCUAUUUUUACAUAUACGACACUCUCAAACAAAACAACAUUAUAGACAGCGCUAGAGCUUUGCUGCCGUACCUGAGAGAACAUGACCCCUACGAGUUUCUUUCAAAAAAGAACGAGGGAUCUUCGGGUACUGAUAACGGUAGCGAUUUGCCUAACGUGCAACUACCGUACGAAGCUCCACAGAGCUUUUUGUAUGAGUGGUUUACAAUGUUGUGGGAGGAACUUACAUUAAAGAAACAAAACGGAACAGCGAUUGCGUCUGGAAUGCAUAUUCCUAACGAGGGUCACUUGCAACACCAACAAUUCCAUAGAUCAUUACCAAACGGUGCACUGAUCGUUACAGAGGGAGCAGCGAAUGGAGAAUUAUCAGCGCAUGAUAAUAGGACGUUUAUGUUUCAACAAGCGACGCAACUUCGGCAGCAGCCACAACGGCUAUUAAUGCCUGGUUACGGAAAUAACCAGUUCAUAAGUCCAUCUCCCAUAAGUCAAACCAUGCUUCGCAUUCCAUCUCAAGCAAGCCAAGCUAUGUUGCGACAAUCAUCACCUCAAACACAGCAAAUACAAAUCCCUCAAGUACCGAACGCGGCGACUAAACGGCCGGACGCGCAAGCUGCUGGAUCGCCAGCUAUGGGUUCGGCUACUUCUCCAAGCACAUCACUUUUGCAGCAACACCAACAGGCAACAUUACAAACGCAGCAAGUAGCACAAAUGGCGCAAGUACGGGCACAACAAGCAGUUAAAACGCAAAUGAUGAAUCAACGACGCAUUUUGGGUCAAACAAAAAUUCCAUCACAACUAAUUGGACAUAAUGCACACGAUGUUAUGUCUGAACAGGUCGAGGCGUACAAGAACGCAAUACAACAACAGCAAAUGUAUAUGAGACCUUACGUUAUUGCGAACGGACCGCCUUACAACCUUGGUGGAGUGAGACCGCAACAGCGCCCAACCCAAGUUACCGCAAGCGAUAGUUUAUUAAUUCCCACUGGUAACAUGGCGGCGCCGAGGGUGCUCUAUGCUCAACCGCAGCAACAAGGUGUGCCACAAGUACCGUCUAUGGCUGCGCAGCCAAAUCAGACAAAUGCUGUUCAGGGAAAUAAGGUGAAGCCGGACAGUAAGAAGCCUGUGAAUCAGGCUCAGACUGCAAAUAAACCCACAAACUUUGUGCAAAACGCCAAUGCGAAUGAUGCCGCUCAACAGCCAAACAUAGUUAAUGGGGACGUUGUUGCAAACCAAGCACCACAGCAAUCUCAGCAAGCGCAAGUGCCGACACAAGGUCAGGCGCAACCAAACCUUACCCCCGGUUAUGCGGAUUUGGAGAUUUACGUAGACGAUAGUAAUAUGCAAUGGGAGACAGCAGAUGGGGUUGAGCAAGACUUCUCCGAGUUUAUAUCGUACGAUGAAGAUGGAGUCGGUGAAUAA